GAUAAAACGAAACAUAAAUUAUGGUCACUCCCUGCUCAGCUAUUAUUGACAUUCCUGCUUCUCUGCUGAAGGCUGGUGAUUUGUGAAGCACCUGUUCACAGCAGAGGAUCUACAAAGUCAGCACUCAGGUCUGACAGACUGAUUCUGAAGUUAUUGACUGAAGAGAAGCGGCUAAACUUGAUGUGUUUGAAACAUUGAAUCAAAAAUAAUCUGCAGUUAAUUAUUUUUCACCCACCUUUCAAGUAUACCUAGAUUACACCAUGUCAAACCAGAGCAUCCAAAACGAUCAUGAGAAGGCCUACAUGUCUCUGACCAAAGGUUUGAAAGAGCUGGACUUCCGUGGCCCCUACGUUCCCAGCGACCUGUUGCUGAUCGGAGACCAUGCCUUUCCUUUAGCCAUGAACAGUAAAGGUCAGGUCCUGAUGGCUGCCUCUCUGUAUGGUUGUGGAAGGAUUGUUGCUCUGGGUCAUGAGGCCUACCUGACAGCCUUUCCUGCUCUGGUGGAGAACGCCCUGAUCUGGCUGAGGGGCGACGGGUCAAGCAAUCCCACUGUAGCUGUGCAUAAAAAUGUAAAGGCGCUUAGCGAUAACCUAAGCAAGUCAACCUUCCAAGUAGAAGUGGUCGGCAGCUUUAGCAGGAAUCUGCAGUCUGGUGUUUACGUGACUGACGUAUACAACGUUGGUGCUGACCCAAAAGACUUGGUGGACUUUCUGAAAGAGGGAGGAGGGGUGCUGAUAGCGGGUCAGGCAUGGAGCUGGGCUGCAGAUCACCCUAAGGAGAAUACAUUACAUCACUUUGAUGGAAACAAGGUGUCAGGAGUUGCAGGGAUUUACUUUUCCAAGAAUCCGGGUGAAGUUGAACACCUCCCAGUCUACCCACAGAUCCCAGCCUCCUGGAUGGCUGUAACACUAGGGAAGGAUUUUGAGGACGACUUGCAGUUCUUACUCCACGGUGUUUCAGAGCUUGCUAUUCCAAAGGGUUCAGUAUCUUCAGAGGUUCUGGUUCAUGGCCCUCUAGCGUUCCCAAUUGCUACCACAGGGGGUGGACAGGCCUUCCUGGCUGGAGCCUACUACGGUCAAGGUCGGGUCAUUGUUACUGGACAUGAAGGUGUUCUGAGCGCUGAGGAAAAUGCUUCAUUUUGGAAGAACGCCUUUCACUGGCUGGAUGAAGGCCGUAGGGGCGUUAUUGGCGUAGCAGUCAAACAUGGCAUUAAGAUAGCUAAAGACUCAGGUCUGAAAACGGAGAACACAGGAUUCAGGAAAGACCUGAGUGUGUUUGUGUCCCCAUCAAACCCCAACGAGGACUGGAAAGAGAUCCAGAACUUUGUAGCAGAAGGAGGAGGUCUUGUGAUUGGUGGACAUGUCUGGUGGUGGGCACAGACACACGGUGAACUAAACACUUUCACAGAUUUUGGAGGAAACAAAAUAAUAAACCAAAUGGGGCUGAGCCUGUUGAAGUCGACUAUUAAUGCAGGUUCACACAAGGUUCCCGAUCCCAGCCAGGCCCUGAAAGAUACAUACCAUUUCCGUCACCUUCUCCACCGCUUUGCGAAGCAUGUAACGUUGAAUGAAAAACUCAGCAAGCAAGAGGAGGAGUUCAUGAAAAAGCUGGGCAAUGACUGCUCCGUCUACUUGAACAUGAAGGCUUAUGACUGCUGCCACUACUCUCAGGUGGUGGCAACACUCACGGACAUCUUAAAAAAGUCUGGCAUGCCGCAGGUGAGUGAGAAAUGCCCCGUCAAAAGUCCCAAAGAUCACGUACUUCUUAAAGUUGGGACGGAGGUUUAUAAACACUGCCCAGAUCCAGACGCCCUCCUGCCUUACCUCAUCAAGGAUAAUCCCCUGUUACCAGUUGUCUACAACCACAGGGUCAAGCUGGACGUCAACACAGCAGAAAGGGAGGAGUGGAUCAGCACGGGUCUCUACCUCGCUCCUGGUAUGAAGACAUUUGUGGCCAUACCAGCAGAGAUCAUCAACAAAAAGUGGCAGAUUCAGAUCGGCUGUCAAACGGAUGGUCUGAAUGCUGCAGAGUUGAAGAGAGCUCCACACGUUCAUGUACGCUUUCCUGUCAUCUCUGAAAUGACACAAGUAUGGAACCUGUGGGGAGGACUCAUUUACCUUGUGGCUCCACCCAAAACAGAGGCACAAGGGUUGGAGGUUGUUGUGCAGAUGGCUGUUCCUGCACCCUAUUAUAAAUCAGGUGUAACAACAAACACUGACUGGUCGUUGUUGCGCUCGGCUCCUUCCCCUUGGGCGGAGCUGGAGUUUGAUAACAUCAUCCUCACCGUACCUUCAGACGCGGUUAGAGAGCUGGAGAAUCCUGAUGAGUUGGCAGCUUUCUGGAAUGACAUCAUGAAGGCCAUCGCUGACCUGGCUGCCAAACCCCACAAAUUCCCUCGUAAAGAGCGCUUUGUUGCCGACAUUCAGAUUUCUCAUGGUUGGAUGCAUGCAGGUUAUCCUGUAAUGGCUCAUAAAGGUUCCGCAGAGGCCUUGAUUAAUGUUAAAAAUGCUAAAACCAAAGGCAUGUGGGGAGCCAUCCACGAACUGGGACACAACCAACAGCGAGGCUGCUGGGAGUUCCCAUCUCACACCACAGAGGCCACAUGUAACCUGUGGUCUGUUUAUGUGCAUGAAAACGUUUUUGGGAUCAACAGGGACAAGGCUCAUCCAGCGAUGUCAUUGGAAAAACGAAAUGAACGAACUAGGGACUAUAUCAAAGAAGGCAGGCAACUCAGCAAGUGGAGCGUGUGGACGGCCCUGGAGACGUACAUACAGCUUCAGGAAAAGUUUGGCUGGGACACGCUUAAGAAAGUGUUUGCUGCCUAUCAUAAGAUGGACAAGUUCCCUAAAGGCAACCCAGAGAAGAUGAACGUCUAUGCUGAGACGUUCUCCAAGGCUGUGGGGAUGAACCUGACUGGAUUCUUCAAAGCCUGGGGGUGGCCUAUUGAACAGGCUACUGAACAGAAACUAUCCAGCCUGCCCGCCUGGACAGAUCAUCCAAUGGUCUAACAUCACUACAUAGCAGCUCAUCCGUUACGAGCACUGACAUUGUUACGAGGACCAGUUCCUAAGAUGGGCUUUUAUCUGUGUUUUGACUUUUAUUUAUGCAAUAUAGGAGAUGCAUGCACUUUCUAGUCUAGCGUUAUAGUUUUCCAGGGAAGAAGGGGAUAGAAUACAAAAUAUUUAAUUAUGUAAAACUUUAUCUUAACUUUUGGAGAUUAGUAGCAUAAAUGAAGUCUUUGGUUAUCUCAGGAGUUAUUGCAGUUUAUAUUAGCUAUAAUCUAUGGAUUGUUUCUAAUAAUCUGUUUGUUGAACCAUGAAUUGUCUGUUUACUUAUUACACUCCUAUCUCUUAUUCAUUGCAGUGAGAACUGGAAUUUGGUGUAAACUCAAAAUCUAAGGUUUUAGUUUUGCAUACAAAAAAUAAAAGGGUGCUAAACAUAUAAAUAAAUCUUUAUU